GCAGCGGCAGCAGCUCGUCAGCUGGCGGGUGCUUUUCCCACCUUCGCUGCCAGCGCUUUUGGGAGCAUCUUGGUCUCUUCAGCCGCAGGGUCCGUUGCCAGCUAUGCAGUAACCAGAACUGAGACACAGAAAUGCUCCGACUUUUGGCUUUAUCUGGAGACAGGCAAGUCCCCCCAGGAGCUCACCUCGGCUGGUAGCGUGUCUCAGCCCACAGAAAAUCUUCCCAGCCCAGAGGACAGAGAGAAUAUGGCAUUGCCAGUGAGGAGAAACAAGUAUGGGGAUGUUGUGGAGUAGCCGGCAGGGCACUGCACCAUGCCUGUGACCUGCUUCACCCCUCCCUGCCUGCCCAGCCUGCCUGUGAGACUGGUAUGCCCAGGAGCUUGGAUGAAUCGAUCCUGCAGUGCAAGCAUGGUGGAGGCGCCAUGGAGAUUGCUGCCUCCUGGGUGGCCUCUGAACAUUGCACAUGGGAGGGUACAAUAAAAGUCUGUAGCUGAAAGCA